AAGAUUGGAUAUGAGAUGCCAUACGCCUCUUACGUAUUAAAUUAUAACACUACUACACACACCACUUCACGAUCUCGUGAGCACACUACAAGAUUCACUAUCAAAUCUCCACCUACUUCGUGAUUUAGGGAUAUUAAUCCAUCUAUCAUCCCCAAAAAAUCACUGAAUAAACCGAAAAUCACUUCAAAUUUUGUGAAAUUGAUAUGCAAAAGGUUAACGGUUGUGCUGGAGAAUGUUGGAGUGGAUUUGUUGGAUGUUUAGUAAGAAGAAAGCAGGUUGAUCCAACUGUCGCUAAAGCCGAGGGUUUUCAGUUAGCAAAACGGUUAUCCGUUAUUGAUUUAAUCGCUAUUGGUGUUGGAGCAACGAUUGGAGCGGGAGUUUAUAUUCUUGUUGGAACAGUUGCUAAAGAGCAAACAGGUCCUGCUAUCACAAUAUCAUUUCUCAUUGCUGGAAUAGCUGCGGGUCUUUCGGCGUUAUGUUAUGCAGAACUCGCUUGUCGCUGUCCGUCUGCUGGGAGUGCGUAUCAUUAUUCGUACUUGUGUGUUGGGGAAGGUGUUGCUUGGCUGAUUGGUUGGUCGCUGAUACUGGAAUAUUCACUUGGUGGAGCAGCUGUGGCUCGUGGCAUAUCCCCAAAUAUGGCCUUGUUUUUUGGAGGUCAAGACGGGCUGCCUGCUAUUUUAGGUCGUCCAACCGUUCUCGGUAUUGUAGUUGAUCCUUCUGCAGCUAUUCUGGUCUUCGUUAUGACCGCACUACUGUGCACUGGAAUCAAAGAGAGUUCAUUGGCACAAGGCGUAAUUACAACAAUAAAUGUUGCAGCCUUGCUUUUCAUCAUAGUAGCGGGCGGAUACGUAGGUUUCAAGACUCAAUGGGCUGGAUAUAGUAUUCCUGGCGGGUAUCUCCCUUUUGGAGUUAACGGCGUACUUGCUGGGUCUGCAACUUGCUUUUUCUCAUAUGUCGGUUUUGAUGCAGUAACUAGCACUGCCGAAGAGGUGGUGAAUCCUCAAAGAGAUUUACCUAUCGGUAUUGGUGUAUCAUUGCUUACAUGUUGUGUGUUAUAUAUGCUUGUGGCUGCCGUUGUGAUCGGCUUGGUUCCAUAUUCUGCGUUGGACCCAGACACCCCUAUCGCAUCGGCUUUUGCUAGUUAUGGGAUGAAUUGGGCAGUAUAUAUUGUAACGAUUGGAGCUGUUACAGCUCUUUGUGCUGCAUUAAUCGGUGGAAUUCUUCCACAGCCGCGAAUCCUUAUGGCAAUGGCCAGGGAUGGUUUACUACCAUCUUUCUUUUCGGAUAUAAAUAAAACAACCCAUGUCCCCGUCAAGAGUACAAUUGCAACCGGAGUCUUUAUUGCAUCGCUGGCGUUUUCUAUGAAUGUUGACCAAUUAGCAGGCAUGGUUAGUGUGGGUACACUGUUGGCAUUUACCGCAGUAGCAGUUUCAAUCUUAAUACUCCGAUAUAUUCCUCCGGAUAUCACCAUCGUCCAAUCACCUAACACAGAAUCAGCUGAUUUGGUCUCGUCAGAAUUCAAUAACGAUAUUACAGAUAUUUGUGCUGAAGAUCGUGGGGCCCGUUAUCAUACUCAAAAAGGUGUAGCCAAUGUAUGCUUCAAUUCUCAUAUUGUCUUUCCUUUUACUCUUUUAGAUGGACAUGAAGCAAGAAGACGAAAGAUGGCUGCUUGGAGCAUAGUAAUUGUUUGUGUAGGCGUGCUUGUGCUUGCAUUUGCUGCUUCAGUUAAAAACAUACCCAUUGUUCCUAGCUUCAUAUUGUGUGGGCUAGGAGGAGCUGCUAUAUUAUCAGGUUUGACUGUGUUGACCUGCAUAGAUCAGGAUGAUGCUAGGCUCACCUUUGGAGAAACAGGAGGUUUCGUCUGCCCAUUUGUGCCGUUCUUGCCUGUUGCAUGUAUUCUCGUGAAUACCUAUCUUCUUAUUAAUCUCGGAGUCGAUACAUGGAUCCGAGUGUCAGUGUGGCUGGUGAUUGGUGUAUUAGUCUACUUAUUCUAUGGAAGGAAACAUAGCUUACUAGUAGAUGCUGUGUACAUGCCAAUAGUGCUUGAAAAAGAACCCGAAAUUCAUGAAAUUAUUUCUUAGCAUUCUUUGUACAACUUACAAUGUGCCCGUGUUCAUCGAAUUUUGUUCUAAGCUAUGUUAGUAUUUAUUGUUGUAAUUUGUGUGUUAGCUAGAAGCCCUCUUCAUCAAUUGGUGGAGGAAAAAGUCAUGUUUCUCGUGAACUAGAUCGCCCAUAUUGUUCAUGAGCCUGUGGUUCGCCGAAACUUGGUAGCUUUGAUCCCCAUUCCUUGAUUCCAAUUAUUACAAAGUUUUGAUAAAGAUCAAGGAACAACCCAUUCAUUGUGUUACCUUGGACAUGAUAAUAAACAUAUGUAAGAUCACUUUUGAGAAUAUAUGUUAUGAUUUUUUUA